GCUGUCGUGUUGUUAGGCAGGUUGUCAGGGGCAGCGCACCUCAGUGAGUUAACAUUAGCUAGCAUAGGAUUAAGGGACCUCGGUUAAUGAUGGAACGUUUAUUUAUCAAAAUAAAUGACUGUAAAUCAUACCUGCAUUUUCACUUGGAGUUUCUCCUCUUAUCUGGAUAAAAGACUACAUCGCUUUUUAUCAAUACAACCCUAGUCUUGCAGCGGAGUUGUGCCCGUAAGCUAGCCGCAGGUUUGCUAACAUUCAGCUGCCAGCUAGCGUUGACAGGCAGCCGUAAGGUGAUAUACGUUACGCAGAUAAUUAAUCCCCAUUUUAGCGUGUGGUUAUUACGAUUAAUACGUGUUAGAAUGGAGGACAGUGAAGACGAUUUAGUAGAGAGGGAAGAAACCGAUGACGGUGACGAGAAAUCACCCUUCAACUCUCCGUUUCGCUCGACUCGGCUGCACAUCCAGAGGAGUAAUGUCUGCUCUCGGGCUUAUUUCGUUGUGGUCAUGGUCUUUUUCCAUGUUUACAUCUUGAAUAUAAUCGCCCUUUUGCUCUACGUGCACUACAACAACGGCCCCGGGGAUCUCGUAACCGGUGAAGGUGUCUCGUCUGCGGCUGUCAGCGAUGAUGGAGACUCUUUACCCCAGUCACCUUCACCUUCCAGAGAGCUUCAUGUCGAGGACUACACUCAGAGCUUCAGUCUACCUCGCAUCGAGGGGAUACGGGUGGGUCAUGUUCAGCGGAUUUCCCUUGUGCCAGACAAGACACAUGAGAUGAAGACGCUAAGUCUAAAACCUUUGCUGUUUGAGAUCCCAGGCUUCCUGUCAGAAGAGGAGUGUCGUGUGGUGGUGCAGCUAGCACAACUGAAGGGUUUGAUGGAGAGCCAGAUAACAGCACCCAGCCAGGGGCAAGAGGAGUCAAACCAGCAACUACUUUCUCUCAGCACAGAGGAGGUCUUCAGUCUGUUGGACCUCAACCAGGACGGGCUGCUGCAGAAGCAGGAGAUUGUGAGUCACUCACGCUCUCAAGAUGGUACUUGGUUGAGCCCGGACAGUUUACGGCAGAUACUCACUGGUCUGGAAGAAUGCCCAACAGGAAUGCUGACUUUGGAGGACUUCAGGCUUGUGUAUGAUGUGUCACAACGUGCGGGACAACAGCAAAAUGGGAAACUUUCAAGUCAGUUUAAACAGAGAAACAAACAUACAUGGCUUUACCAGGGUCUGGGAUCCCACCAUGUGCUUCAAACACUCAGGAACCGUGUAAUCAGCUUGACACGUCUGCCUUCCUCAUUGGUCGAGCUGAGUGAGCCACUGCAGGUGAUUCGCUUUGAGCAUGGAGACUUCAGUAACGCCCACUAUGACAGCAACCCUGCCCAAUCAGAAUCAACCUGUGCACACACGCGGUUGGCAGGAAAUAAAUCUGCUGUCACCGAGGUCUCUUGCAGGUAUCUUACUGUGUUAUUCUACCUCAGCUCACUGGAGGAAGGUGGUGAGUCCACCUUUCCUGUGGCUGACAAUCGAACCUAUGAUGAAGAGGCACUCGUCCAGGAUGGAGUUGAUUUGACAGAUACUCAAGAGACAUGUGGCAGAGGGAACCUGAGGGUAAAACCUACAGCAGGGACAGCUCUCUUUUGGUACAACCACCUCUCUGACGGCAGAGGUUGGAUGGGUGAGCUGGAUGAAUACUCGCUACAUGGGGACUGCCCGGUCAAGCGUGGGAUGAAGUGGGUGGCCAACAGCUGGGUAAACGUGGAUCCAGAUCACCAGCAGCAGGCCCGCUACCAGAGACUAGUCGCUCAGAGACAUCAAGCUAAAUCGAGCCUUGAGGAGCAUUACCAGCCUCUCUCACACAGUGACCUCCACCAGGAUCUAUAGCCAGACCUUCUGAGAAUGUCCAUUUGACGCAACCAUCAUUUUAACCCGAGUCUCUAUAUUUGAAGACAGUGGCGCCUGGCAGACCUUUCUACAAUGUCGGAUGCUGUAUUCAAAGUACAAAUUGCACAGCUGCACUCAAAAUAUCAUCUUAGAAAACUUUCCAUUUAAUUUUAUAAUGUGUCUCAGGCUACUGCUUGGAUAUCCACCUUAAUUUAAAAUGGUUGUCAUAUUAUGAAAAUUAUGGAAAUUUGAGUAUAAAUUGUACGUAAUAUGGGCAGAUGUAGUUCUUCAGAAUUUAUGAAUAAUAUAUGAAAUUAUUUUACAUUAGUAUAUACUCAGUGAUAUACAAGUACAGGUUAUUUUAUCACACUGAAUCAUUCUCUUUUAAAUCAUGCCUUAUAGAAAAAUGAGGUUAAGUAAAUAAGACAUAAACCUGCUUACCUGCCUUUUUUAGGUUUUAGGCAUCUGCCCCGUUUUAGGCCUGUGUUAUUUCAAGCCUUUUGUUAUGAGCCAUAGCAAUUCAUCAGUGCUUUCCUAAAGAGAAAUUUAUACAUCUUUUAAAAAAAAAAA